UUUCCCGCUUUCCUCCACCCCCGGCGUGGGUGAUCCCGAGGCUCCGCGCGCUUUGGGGCAGAAACCCGGAGACGCCGUCGUCUAUGUCGUUACUGCUGGCGUUUCUGGUACCCUCGGCCCCCUCGGCUGUCCCCCAGUUCGUGGCCCUGAGGCGGCUCUCCCGCCGAGCCCCGUGAGGUGCCGCGACGUCCCCCGGUAUUGGCAAGGCUGGGCCCCGGCCCCGACGCCGCGCGCAUCACGCCUAGCCCAACUGUUUGGACUCGCCACUCAACUGCUGUCUUCUUUCCCAGGACUGCUUCGAAGGGGGCCUCGGGCUUGCAAACUCGCCCCCCGCCGGAGCGCUCCGGCCCGGCCAGGGAGCGGCCCCUUGUAGAGGUCCGAGGAGCCUAUCGCGGUUCAUCCCGGCGCCCGACCCUCCCACCGUUCGGCCACUGGCCCACUUCUUCCUGAUGCAGACUGCCGUCCACUAGAGGCUGGACAGGACCCCCGAGGUGAUUCAUGGCAGGGGACGUGGAAGGAUUCUGUUCCUCCAUCCAUGACACCAGUGUCUCUGCUGGGUUCAGAGCACUGUAUGAGGAGGGAUUGCUUCUCGAUGUCACUCUGGUUAUUGAAGACCAUCAGUUCCAGGCCCAUAAAGCCCUCUUGGCCACCCAGAGUGAUUACUUCAGAAUUAUGUUCACAGCAGACAUGAGGGAACGAGAUCAGGACAAAAUUCAUUUGAAAGGUCUAACAGCUACUGGUUUCAGCCACGUUCUUCAGUUUAUGUAUUAUGGAACUAUAGAACUAAGUAUGAAUACUGUUCAUGAAAUCCUUCAGGCAGCAAUGUAUGUUCAGCUUAUAGAAGUGGUGAAAUUCUGCUGCUCUUUUCUCUUAGCCAAAAUCUGCUUAGAAAAUUGUGCGGAAAUUAUGAGACUGUUAGAUGAUUUUGGUGUUAACAUCGAGGGAGUCAGGGAGAAGCUGGAUGCCUUUCUGCUAGACAACUUCGUGCCACUAAUGUCCAGGCCUGAUUUCUUGUCUUAUCUGAGCUUCGAGAAGCUCAUGUCUUAUUUGGAUAAUGAUCAUCUGAGCAGGUUUCCAGAAAUAGAGCUGUACGAGGCUGUGCAGUCUUGGCUGCGACAUGAUAGACGACGGUGGAGACACACAGAUACCAUCAUUCAGAACAUCAGGUUUUGUCUGAUGACUCCAUCCAGCGUUUUUGAGAAGGUUAAAACAUCAGAAUUUUAUAGAUACUCCCGACAGCUCCGAUAUGAAGUUGACCAAGCAUUGAAUUACUUCCAAAAUGUUCACCAGCAGCCCUUGUUGGACAUGAAGUCAAGCCGUAUUCGUUCUGCCAAACCCCAAACUACAGUAUUCCGAGGAAUGAUUGGACAUAGCAUGGUUAAUAGUAAAAUACUUCUGUUAAAGAAACCAAGAGUCUGGUGGGAACUGGAGGGCCCCCAAGUACCUCUAAGGCCAGACUGCCUUGCUAUUGUCAAUAAUUUUGUAUUCCUGCUAGGUGGAGAAGAACUGGGCCCUGAUGGCGAAUUCCAUGCCUCUUCAAAAGUGUUCAGGUAUGAUCCAAGACAAAAUUCUUGGCUGCGUAUGGCAGACAUGUCUGUACCCCGUUCAGAAUUUGCUGUUGGUGUUAUUGGGAAGUUUAUUUAUGCUGUAGCAGGCAGAACAAGAGAUGAAACUUUCUACUCAACCGAAAGAUAUGAUAUCACUAAUGAUAAAUGGGAAUUUGUAGAUCCUUAUCCAGUUAACAAAUAUGGACAUGAAGGGACAGUGCUCAAUAACAAGUUGUUCAUCACUGGAGGAAUCACUUCAUCUUCCACAUCUAAACAGGUGUGUGUGUUUGACCCCAGUAAAGAAGGGACCAUAGAACAGCGGACCAGGAGAACUCAAGUAGUCACCAACUGCUGGGAGAAUAAGAGCAAGAUGAAUUACGCCAGAUGCUUUCACAAGAUGAUCUCUUAUAAUGGCAAGCUUUAUGUCUUUGGUGGUGUCUGUGUGAUCUUGAGGGCCUCUUUUGAAUCUCAGGGCUGCCCUUCCACAGAGGUGUACAACCCAGAUACCGAUCAGUGGACCAUCUUGGCAUCCAUGCCGAUUGGUAGAAGUGGUCAUGGUGUGACUGUGCUGGACAAACAGAUAAUGGUCCUUGGAGGCCUUUGUUAUAAUGGUCAUUACAGUGAUUCCAUUCUCACCUUUGACCCCGAUGAAAAUAAGUGGAAAGAAGAUGAGUACCCCCGGAUGCCCUGCAAGCUGGAUGGUUUACAGGUGUGCAACCUUCAUUUUCCUGACUAUGUACUGGAUGAGGUUAGGCGUUGCAACUGAUGACAUCUUGCUCCCUAAAAGAGAAAAGGCAAAUAAAGCAUUUGUGAUACAGUAGUUUAAAAGCAUAAAGAAAAACCUCACCAGUUUUACUAUCAAAGCCAUUGGUCUAAUAUUGUAAGUUUUCAUUCUGUGCUAGCAUCUUUCUUUUCCUUUCAGUGGCCUCAGAUUCAUGCAAUAAGUUCAUUUGAAGCACUAGCUCUUGAAACUACUUCCAAAAGCAGUUUAUACACUGCUCCACUUACCUGGGAAGUUGAUUUUCUGCUUUAAAUGUUUCUUUCAGAUGUUAGUGUAGGAUUUGUGCAUCUUCUAAGAGAAAACCCAGUAAGUGUCACUGGAUAUGACUUCAGUCCCUCUAUUUGAACUCUUUUGAAAUUAUUUUAGUCUGCUAUAUGUUUUGGUUUAUUAUUUAAAAGUUUAAAACUCUUGACCUUUUUGCAUGGCUUUUUGCUGAAAAUGCAAAAAUUUAAAUUUUCUACAAAAGUUUUUUAUAUCAGAACACUAUUUCUAAGCUGCCUUCUCUUAUGUGCAUUGCGUUAGUGAAAGCAUACCCAUACUCAUAUACACCCUAUAAAUAUAUAAGGCACACUCCUUUUAUGCGUGGUUAGGAUUCUAUAUUUUUAAGCUAGUGCACUUGCACAGACAGUUCGCCAUACUUGUUGAAAUUUAGAUGUAAUGUCUUUAAUGUAUUAAUGUUUUUAGAAAGUUAAAAUAACUGGAGUCCUCCUUUGGUAUCAAAGUAGUCUAUCGUCCGUCCAUACUGGUUCAGUAAAAUUUGAACUCAUAGUUCUGAAACACGUAUGGAUUUACAAAAACUAACGUUUGGCAUUUUGUUUUCAAAACUAAACAUUAAUAUUUCAUAUUAAUGUAUGCUUUUUCUUGUUUAAAAAUGUUUUUCUUUGCAGUACGUUUAAUGUUGGUUACCCUAUUUUAGUGAGAGUCAGAGUGGUCUGUGUCAAGCUCUGACCCUGCAUCAUACAAGCACUUUUAAAGAAAAGUUAGGUAAUAACACAGUCCUAAGUAAAAGCCCCUUGAAAGGAAGUGCAUCUCCCAUGGUUUCUCUCCAGGCUGCUGCAGGUUUGAAUGUGGGCCAGCAAUUCUUACAGUUUGAGCUUAGUUUUGACUGAGAGGUAAGGAGAGUGAGUUGUAAGGAGAGUGAGUUAUAAUGUUACUGGUUACAGCUGCUUGAUCAGUUUGUACAAAAUAUUCUGUGGCACUAGAGAAAUGUCAACCCUCAUUGUGGGUUUUUGUUUUUUGGUUAUUUUUUAGUUUCUGGAAGCUACUAGCAUGAAGGAUAGUCACCAGAAAGUUUGGAGUAAGUCUCAAAUAGCUAUUUUAAAGGCAUUUAUAAUAAAUAGUUUAGGAUUAGCUGUACACUUCAAGUCUUUAAAUUCAAAGGAAGGAGAUAUAGCUGAAAAAGUUAAACAAGAGAGAUCUGUGAGUGGAUCAUUCAAAUUGAUGCCAUUGAUGGCCAUUUUCUCAUGAGCAGUCUAUAUGUGAUUAAAGCUUACCCUGGCAAAGCUUGCCAGAUCUGUGAUUUUGGUGCAAUAUUGCAAUGCCUUCUAUAUGGCUGCUGUUGUAUAAAUUUUUCUAGUUACUUUGUUUUGUUUUAUUUUUGCUGCUGGCACUAUUGAAUAUAAAACGGAAGUGUGAAAUUAUAGAAAUGUGAAGAUUUUGGUUUCUUCUUCUCCCCCUCUCUCCACACUGCAGUUAUAUAGUGUGAGUAAAGCCUGAUUUUCAAAACUGUAAAACCAGAGGUGUUGGAGUUUUAGAAAGUGUCAGGUAUACAAGUAGCUUUUAAAAAGGAAAACCUUUUUUUCCCCUUCAGGAUUCAAAAUAAUGGCGUCCUUUAUAUAUGACUCUUCCAUUUUUAUUAGGUGGCCUUUCAUUAAGUUCUGAUUUCUGAAAAUAAAAUUUGUUAUUUGAGUUUCCUUUAGAAUGUGGGUAAAAAGUUUUUUAUUUUAAAAAUAAGUUUAUUUUGCUUUUGGAAACUGUAAAUUAGGUUAGCCAUCUUGUUUUUUAAUAUACUUAGAAGUUUAUAUGUGUUGCUUUAAAUAAAAUAAUGCCUUCAUUAUUUUCCUUGAUAUCUUUUGUUGGAAAUGACUAAGAAGAGGACAUCAGACAGGGUACCCAUAUCAAAGGCUUUAUAUUCCAGGGGAAGUUCUCUGUAAUUGCUUUGUUACAACUUCAUAGUCCUGUGUAGGUUAACAUCUGCACAAACAAUUGAAUAUUUUUGGUCUUCCAUUUUGAAGUUACAAGGCCAAGGUCAACGAUUGUUUCAGAAAGUUCGUGAAAUCUUAACUUGAACUAAUUCUGGGUUCAGCUUCAAGUAAGUCAUGUCUGACUAUAAUCUUAGCAGUAAUCAGUUUUGAGCUUUAAGACUAGUUGCUAUUGCUUGGGUUCAGAAUGUAUGAGGAAAUUGUAGUUCUAAUUUAGAUUAUAAAUCCACAAAUAACUUUACAUUCCCUUUUAAAAUUAUGGUUUAAUAGCUGCAAGAGAUUUAUUUUUGUUAUACUAAACUAUGGAAAAUUUCUCAGAGUUUUUUCAAGCUUUUCUGUGCUUCAUUUGGAACUACUUUGUCUAUAUGCAUUGUAUAUGAUCAAGAUUGUCAUUUUGGAAAAACUCAGUAAGUGGUUUGAAACUAUAUGGUUUAACUGUUAGGAUCUUUAAAUGUGUCGUCUUUUACUUCACAUUUUAAAAACUAGACUUCACAAAAAGUAGCUGAUUUUUUUUUAAUAGUAUUUUAACUGGCACCACUUAUUACUUUUUUUACGUCUUUGACCUUCCAAGUUUUGAUGUUAAAGAAAAUCCUUGCACUACAGGCUUUUCAUAAAAUACAAGAUUCUCACAUUGAAGGUUUUGUAUUGGAAGAAAUGCUACUGAUUUCUAAAAGGCAAAGAGUUAUAGAAUGAUUAGCUUUUCUUGAUAGCUUUUCCUGUGUACUCCUCAUUGCUUUGCGUUCUGUGAGUGGUAACUCUAAUUAUGAGUACUUACUGAGCCCUUCACAUAUCUUUUUUAAAGCAGCACCUUUGAACACCUCAUUCUGGGAAGCUUGCUUGUAUCACAGUAAAGAACACACACACUUGUGUGGGAAGAAGUAAAAUGGAGAGUUUUGUCUUAAUUACAUGAAACUAAGCUUUAAAAUAUUUUAUAACAAAUUAUUUGAGCUGCAUAAUCUAAACAUGUCAAACGUUUUGUGGGACUAUUUUUAUAUAUGUAUAUGUGGGUGUAAGUCAUAACAUUUCAGUUUAUAAUAUAAAUUGUUAUUUCAGUUUAUAAGCUAUCUCUCAAAAGAGACUAGCUCUCUUGAGAAUAAUUUAAAGUUUUAGACUAAAGUAAAACAUCAUAGACAAUAGUGUAAAUUAGAGAUAUUUGAGGGCUAUACAGCAGUGAAACUGCUAGUGCCAGUUUUCUUGUCUGUCUACCAUGUUUUCAGUUUUUGUUUUGUUUUGUUUUUGUAGUCUAAACAUUUGAGAGAACAUGCGUUUGUUUAAUUACACUUAGAGUUGGUUUGGGAAUAAAUAUCUUCUAAAAAGAGAUUUAUCUUAAAAAAUAACCCCCCCCCCCAAAUUAGUUUCUAAGAGUUUAUUACUUCAAAUACCCUAUAGGCAUAGACUGGAAUAGAUCAUUCAUGGGAGUCCCAUACUUUGCUUGUAUCAGUAUAACUCCCACUAUUAUGUUAGUAGCCUUGAGAACGCCAUCAGCUCUGGUCUGUCCUAAAGUAUUUGGGUUUUCUUUUGACUUCUUUGGGAACAGCUGCAUUAAAAGUUACUAAUCAGUAUAUCACUAAGGGCUGGCUGGGUGUUUACUUUUUGAAGGAAUGUUCUGAAGAGGUGGCCAGAAAGGUUCUUUCCUUUCUUUUCUUUCCUUUCCCUUCCUUUUCUUUCCUUUCUUUCCUUUUCCUUCCUUUCUUUCCUUUUCCCUUUCCUUCCCUUCCUUUUCCUUCCCUUCCCUUCCGUUUCCUUUUCCUUUUCCUUUCUUUUCUUUUCUUUUAACGUAACUUGUAUAUGCCCUGUGUUCUUGGGCAUACUCUGUCUAUAGAAAAAUAUUUUGACCUUUAGGUACCUUUGGGGCCAGUAGUCAAAUAAUCCUAGGGCCGAUAUUAAAGUCUUAGAAUGAUUUAAGGUUUGCCUUUUAUACAUGUUUUGAAAGCCUUUACAUUUUUUGUCAGGUAAUUUUUUUUCCCAAGCCGUGGAUAUAAUCUAUUCAAUAUGUUUAUGCUAUCCAUUCUGUUUUUAAAUUGAAAAAAAGUUAAAAGUGUUUAUGAAGAAAAGUUUAAAUAAAAUAUUUUUAAUCUUUAAAACUA